CGACGGCUCUGCGCUCGAGGGGUCGAGCCUGGCCCGUUGCGGCGGCGGCGGCGGCGUUAGCAGUGGGGGCGUACGCGGGAGCGAGUUCGCGGCCGGGAGCGGGAAUGUCGAGGAGCUCGAAGGCGGUGCUGGGCCUCUCGGUGCUGCUGACGGCAGCCACGGUGGCCGGCGUGCAUCUGAAGCAGCGGCAGGACCGGCAGAGGCUUCGUGACGGAGUGAUCAGAGACAUUGAGAGACAGAAUCAGAAAAAAGAAAACAUUCGUCUUUUGGGAGAACAGAUUAUUUUGACUAAGCAACUUGAAGCAGAAAGAGAGAAGAUGUUGGAAAGAGGAUCUCAAAACACUUGACUUUGUGAAAAUUGCUGGGGCAGUGCUGGGUUAAUGUGUAUAUAUGUGGGUGUGCACGCGUGUGUGUGUUGAUAGAGAAUAGCUAGUGAAAUCUGUGUCCCCCGAAAAUCACUGUCCAUAUAAACUUUAUUAAAUAAAGGACGGUGGAUCCUGUCUUUUGAAUCA